AUGCCUUCAUACGUUAUCGUCGGUGCUUCCCGCGGUCUCGGUUACGAAUGGCUUAACUCGUUGAGCAAAGACACCUCCAACACAGUCAUCGGCAUCGUCCGAUCCGUCGACAAAGUCCAAGCCAAACUCGACUCCGACUCCAUCUCUAACGUCCAUCUUUUAGCCGGCGACAUGACCGAUAGCGCUUCACUCGAAUCUGCAGCUCGCCAAGUCUCAAAGAUCACGUCAAGCAUCGACUACCUCAUCGUCAACGGCGCCUACACCACCCUAGCCACCGCUCGAUUCAACCCGACUGAAUUCACCACGCGCGCCGCCGAGCUCCGAAAAGAGAUGAUUGAGAGUUUAGAUGUCAAUGUUCUUGGGGUCGUUUACUCGAUUAAUGCGUUUAUACCGUUAGUCCGUCAAGGCACAGCCAAGAAGAUCACUGUCAUCUCAACGGGGAUGGCAGAUACAGAGGCGGUGUUACGAGCAGAUAUUAAUGGGGCUCUGGUCUACUCCUCCAUGAAAGCGGCUACCAACAUGAUCGUUGCAAAAUAUGCCGUUGAGUUGCGAGACGAAGGGAUUGUUGUCUUGGCCCUUAGUCCGGGGGUAAUAAAUACGCAGGAAGAAGCAGUAUCCGACGAACAAAUGAAGGGCGUAAUGGUGCUGAUGGGCAAAUUGCAAGCCGGUUUUCCGGGCUGGACGGGUCCAGCUCCUGCCGCUGAGAGUAUUGCUGCGCAGAAGAAGGUCAUUGAGGAGAUCACGCUGGAACAAAGCGGCGCUUUCCUCUCUCACAAAGGUAACAAGGAGUGGUUGUGA